GGCGAUUCUAAAGGUAAGCCAUACUCACUUGCUGUGAAGUUCGUAGUUCAGACUUCACAAAGAGUCCUUCUUCUGCAAAUUCUAUACUCUGCAGGCAUUGAUCAACGAAAUUCGUUUCACAAUGGUUCAAGCAGUAUCCUACGAGAACGGAGGCUCCUCCAACGGGCACGACACAACCAUGGCAGAGGAAACAAUGCCGAACCUCACCACAAUGCCAGGUCCAGAUGCAAACUGGCAGAUCUCGCUGAAGGACAAAGUCAUCGCUGUCACUGGGGCGAAUAGAGGUAUUGGUCUCGGCAUAGCAGAAGUAUGUCUCGCCAAUCAAGCGGCCGUAGUCUACUCCCUGGAUCUCAUGGAACCUUCAGAAGAUUUCGAAGCCCUAUCGAAGAAGAACCCAGGACGAUUAAAGUACAAGCAAAUGGACGUCACCGACGAGGAAAGUGUCAAGAAAGCAGUUGAUGACAUCGUCGACGCCGAGGGUGCAAUUCACGGAAUGAUUGCCAACGCAGGCAUGACGAAGCAUCAACCAGCAUUGGACUUCACCCUAGCACAAGUGAAACAAUUAUUCGAGUUGAACGUGUUCGGUGCCUGGAACUGCGCCACCGCCGCGGCGAGGAAGUUUAUUUCAUUAGGGAUCAAAGGCUCUAUCGUCUUUACAGCUUCCAUGACCUCCUACAGGCCAAAUCGGGCGGCACCAUCAGCGCCAUACGGUGGUACCAAGGCGGCUGUACGCAACAUGACACAUACCCUAGCAAUGGAGUGGGCGAAGCACGGGAUCAGAGUCAACAGCAUCUCUCCGGGCUUCGUCAAGACGGCAAUGACCUACUUCGUCGACAAGUCGCCCGACUGGGACCUGAAGAUGCAGUACUACGGUGGCAUGCCUCGUCUAGCGCUUCCCCAAGAGCUUGGCGGAGCAUACGUAUACUUGCUGUCUGACCAGGCGAGCUACACUACUGGAAUUGAUAUACCUAUUGCUGGCAUCGUGGGUGCUUGGUAGAGAAUUUAAGGCAGUACAGUCCAGCAUUUGGCAUACAUUGGCAUGACAGCGAUCGAUUCAGAGCUUCAUAUAUAA